CAGAUUUCAUGGUUAUAAGUGUAAGGUGAACAACAUAACGAGAAUGCCAACAGUUUUAGUAACAGGUAGUUCGAGAGGAAUUGGAUUAGAGAUUGUUAGAGAUUUAUUAUCAAAAAAUAACAACGUAAUAUCAAUUUCACGUACAAUAACCGAUGAACUCAAGGAAUUGGAGUCCGACAAGCUAUUAAUCGUAAAAGGCGACUUAGUUGAUAGAAGUGUAUCCAAAGUAGCCGUCGAUGAAGGUAUAAAGAAGUAUGGUGUCUUAGAUUCUAUCAUCCUCAAUCAUGGUGUCCUCAAUCCAAUUGGAAAGGUAUCAGAUAUCAAUCCAGAAGAUGUUUUGAACAAUAUUAACAUCAACUUUAUCAGUUUAUAUCACACAAUUCAAUUGGCUUUACCACACUUGAGAGAUUCGAAGGGUAAUAUCCUUUUGGUGAGCUCAGGUGCAGCUACAGCCGGAUAUUCAGCUUGGACAGCCUAUAACGCAUCAAAGGCUGCUAUGAACAGCUUGGCAAGAACCUUAGCUAAUGAAGAGAAGGAUAUAACAACUAUAGCGAUCAGACCUGGUGUUGUAGACACUUCAAUGCAGCAAUUCAUUAGAGACAAUGGUAACAAUGCUAUGUUAUCAGAAGAGUACAAGAAAUUUAUCAGUUUACACUCAGAAAAGAAACUGUUAUCACCUGAUCAACCUGCGAAAGUUUUCUCAAAUUUAUCAGUUGUAAAGUUAUCUGGACAACAUUCAGGUGCAUUCCUCAGUUGGGAUUCUAAUGAAUUUGAAGAGUUUAGAAAUUGAGAAAUCAAAAAAUAAAAAUAAUUUCAACAAUUAUAAACUGAAUUUAAUUGAUUACAAAACAAAUAUAUUUAGUUUACCAUUUAAGCCACACGGUGGAGUACAAAACGAGAUAAAUCUGAAAUUAUUUAAUAAAAGUGUUUACUUGAAUAAAUUACAAUUGAAUGAUUAUAAAGAUAGUCAGUUAUUAUAUUUCACAAGAAAUGAUGACAGCUUGUUAGCGAUUACGAUAGAUUUUGAUAAUCAGAAACCGCAUUUCAACCAAAUAUUCAAAAUUCCAAGCAUACUAAACCUUACGUCAUUUGAUUUGCCAUCUGCUGUCUCGAUGUCUGAGACCAAAUGGGCAUUUUCUGAUGGCAGUGGGAGAUUAUUCAUUAAUGAUGAUGUGAAAGAGCUAACAAACGAUGGUACUUUACUGCCUUUUUACAUUCACAAAUACAUACAAUCACUAAACACGAUCGUAAUCUCAACGAGUCUAGUUGGAGAAACGACGAAGUUUGAUUUAAUAGCCAUCAAUUUAGAUAGAGCCGCGGAAUCACUCAAUCAUGGUAUUAUGUGGAGAUUACGUUCUGACGAUUUCCCUUCAUUAGUAGAGUAUGUUGCCAAUGAUAAUGAUGGUGGUGAUCUUAUAGCUGAAGAAGAGCCUGCCCAGAGCGUCACUACUG